AUGGCGCGGUUCUACGGGCUUCGUGGCACGAAGCUGAAUGUUAUGAUCGGGUUUAUUGCCGGUCUUGACUUCUUGCUUUUUGGAUAUGACCAAGGUGUAAUGGGCAGUCUUCUGACUCUGAGCUCAUUCGCGAAUCAGUUCCCGGAGAUCAAUACCACGUCCGCUGGCGAGGUCGGUUUGACAGCUAGUGAAAAGAGCUUCCGUUCUACGGUUCAAGGUGUUAUGACUGCGUCGUACAACCUGGGUUGUUUCGUCGGUGCCGUCCUCUGUAUCUGGGUCGGUAACUAUCUCGGUCGUCGCAAGACUAUCUUCCUUGGUUCGGCCAUCAUGGUGGUCGGAGCGACUCUGCAGGCCAGCGCGUUCACUCUGCCGCACCUAAUUGUCGGUCGUGUCAUCACCGGUUUGGGUAACGGCCUGAACACCUCCACCGUGCCCACCUGGCAGUCCGAGUGUUCCAAGUCGCACCGUCGCGGUCAGCUUGUCAUGAUGGAGGGUUCCCUGAUCACAUGCGGUAUCAUGAUCAGUUACUGGCUCGACUUUGGCUUCUCCUGGCUCGAUCCGAGCUCCGUCGCCUGGCGGUUCCCGCUCGCUUUCCAGAUCUUCUUCGCCCUGAUCAUCUUGUUCUUCGUCCUGCCCCUGCCCGAGUCACCACGUUGGUUGAUUCUCAAGGGCCACGAGGAGGAAGCUGUCGAGGUCCUGUGUGCCAUCCUGGAUCUGCCUGCCGAGGACCCUUACGUCCACACCGAAUUUACCGCCAUCAAGGACAGCGUCUUGGAUGCCCAGGACGUCAGCUUCUCCGACCUGUUCACCAUGGAUGAGAACCGCCACUUCCACCGAGUCGCCCUAGCCUACGUCAACCAGAUGUUCCAGCAGAUCUCGGGUAUCAACCUGAUCACCUACUAUGCCGCCACCAUCUAUGAGAACAGUAUUGGCAUGAGCGGCACCAUGUCGCGUAUUCUCGCUGCCUGCAACGGCACCGAGUACUUCCUGGCCUCUCUCAUCCCCAUCUGGAUCUCCGAAAAGGUCGGCCGUCGCCCUCUCAUGCUGGUUGGUGCCGUCGGCAUGUCCCUCUCCAUGGUGGUUCUCGCCAUCACUACCAGCUUCACGGGUCAGUCAGGUCCUGGUAUCGCCGCCGCCGUCUUCCUCUUCGUUUUCAACACUUUCUUUGCCUGGGGCUGGCUGGGAAUGACCUGGCUGUAUCCGGCCGAAAUUGUUCCCCUGCGUAUCCGUGCUCCGGCCAAUGCUUUGUCCACGUCGGCGAACUGGAUCUUCAAUUUCUUGGUUGUCAUGAUCACCCCUGUCGGUUUCGACACGAUUGGCUAUAAGACGUACAUUAUCUUCGCUGUCAUCAACGCGUUCAUUGUCCCCGUGGUGUACUUCUUCUACCCCGAAACGGCCUACCGCUCUCUGGAAGAGAUGGACGCCAUCUUCCACAAGACCAAGUCGGUGUUUACCGUGGUGCGCAUUGCGAGAGACGAGCCUCGUCGCUACGGCAAGAACGGCGAGCUGUUGAUCAACUACGACGAGACCGAGGAGCACCUGCGCCGCGCCAGCCACUUCUCCGACAAGGCGACAACCGUCCAUCACAAUGACCAGGCCAGCACCCACGUUGAUCUCGAGCGCGGAGCCAAGGGCGCCGAGUCAUCCGACUCAAACUGA